GUAGUUGCUGUAGUUGCUGUAGUUGCUGUAGUUGCUGUAGUUGCUGUAGUUGGUCCCGGCUCAUGGCGCGAGCUUUGGAACAGGCGGAGGUCUCGGGCACCGGGUUCGCCUCUCGACGCUGGCUGCCAAAGAUUGACUUGGAGAGCAUAUUUUCACUUAACCCAGAUCUUACACCUGAAGAAGAUGUUGAACCUAGUCCAGAGAUGCCUCCACCACCUGCUCCAUCAGCCAAAGUGAACAAAAUUGUGAAGAGUCGACGAACUGUGGCAGCUGUUAAGAAUGACACCCCUGCCAGAGGUAACAGAGUGGUUGGUUCUGCACGCCCGCGACCUACUCAGCUUCCUGAGCAGUCUUCCUCCUCUCAACAGAAUGGUCGUGUUUCAGAUGUAUCUCCAGUUCAAGCUGCAAAAAAGGAAUUUGGACCCCCUUCAAUGCAAAAAUCUAACUGUGUAAAAGAAGUUGAAAAAUUACAAGAGAAACGUGAAAAAAGAAGGUUACAGCAGCAGGAACUUAGAGAAAAAAGAGCUCAGGAUGUUGAUGCUACAAACCCAAAUUAUGAAAUUAUGUGCAUGAUAAGAGAUUUCAGGGGAAGUCUGGAUUAUAGACCACUAACAACUGCAGAUCCUAUUGAUGAGCACAGGAUAUGUGUUUGUGUACGAAAGCGACCACUCAAUAGAAAAGAAACUUUAAUGAAAGACCUUGAUGUAAUAACAAUUCCCAGUAAAGAUGUUGUGAUGGUACAUGAACCAAAACAAAAGGUGGAUUUAACAAGGUACCUGGAAACCCAAACUUUUCGUUUUGAUUAUGCCUUCGAUGAUUCAGCUCCUAACGAGAUGGUCUACAGGUUUACAGCUCGACCAUUAGUGGAGACCAUAUUUGAAAGAGGAAUGGCCACUUGUUUUGCAUAUGGUCAGACUGGUAGUGGAAAAACCCAUACAAUGGGUGGUGACUUUUCAGGAAAGAACCAAGAUUCUUCUAAAGGAAUAUAUGCACUUGCAGCUCGAGAUGUCUUUUUAAUGCUAAAGAAAGCAAACUAUACGAAGCUAGAACUUCAAGUGUAUGCAACAUUUUUUGAGAUCUAUAGUGGUAAGGUUUUUGAUUUGUUGAACAGGAAGACAAAACUAAGAGUGUUAGAAGAUGGUAAACAGCAAGUCCAGGUGGUGGGAUUACAGGAACGGGAAGUCAAAUGUGUUGAAGAUGUUCUUAAGCUUAUCGAAAUAGGCAACCGCUGCAGGACGUCUGGCCAGACAUCUGCAAAUGCACACUCAUCUCGAAGCCAUGCAGUGUUUCAGAUUAUUCUCAGAAGGAAAGGGAAAUUGCAUGGUAAAUUUUCUCUGAUUGAUUUGGCUGGUAAUGAAAGAGGAGCAGAUACUUCCAGUGCAGACAGGCAGACUCGACUGGAAGGCGCAGAAAUUAACAAGAGCCUUUUAGCACUCAAGGAGUGCAUUAGAGCCUUAGGCCGAAAUAAGCCUCAUACACCCUUCCGAGCAAGUAAACUUACUCAGGUGCUACGAGAUUCAUUCAUAGGAGAAAACUCCCGUACCUGCAUGAUUGCUACAAUUUCUCCAGGGAUGGCAUCGUGUGAAAACACUCUAAAUACAUUGAGAUACGCAAACAGAGUAAAGGAAUUUGGAAUUAGUCCUUCGGACAUUCCCUUCUCACAGGGUAGUGGCAGUCGCUCUGAUCUCUCUCCUUCCUAUGAGUAUGACGACUUUUCUCCUUCAAUCACCAGGGUGAAGGAGCUGACGGUUGUUCCUAGUGCUGUAGGAGAUAUCUGUCCCAUUAGACACCCUGCUCCCAGUCAGACUGAUGACUUGGAGACACAGUGGGGUGUGGGGAGCUCUCCUCAGAGAGAUGAUCUCAAACUGCUUUGUGAACAAAAUGAAGAGGAAGUUUCUCCACAGCUGCUUAAUUUCCAUGAAGCUGUGUCACAAAUGGUAGAAAUGGAAGAGCAAGUAGUAGAAGAUCACAGAGCUGUCUUCCAGGAAUCUAUUAGAUGGCUGGAAGAUGAAAAAUCUCUUCUCAAGAUGACAGAAGAAGCGGACUAUGAUGUGGACUCCUAUGCUACCCAACUUGAAGCAAUUCUGGAUCAAAAAAUUGAUAUUCUGAUCGAACUUAGAGAUAAAGUGAAAUCUUUCCGGACAGCGCUACAAGAGGAGGAACAGGCCAGUAAACAGAUCAACCCAAAAAGAUCACGUGCCCUUUGAAAUGGGCCUUUGCUGCUCAAGAAGUCUACAAUCCUGUACUGCUGUAGCACACGUUUGUUACAAAAUCAAGUGGCUGUAAGAACUCAAGUACUUGAAAGUGUAAAAAUGUUAGAAAUAUCUGUGGAAAUGUCCUGUUUCUUAUUCACCUGAAUGACGUUUUCAUAUGUGAAAUGCUCCUAUGAUGUCUACAAAAUGCUUCUAGACCAGACAGCACAACCAUGCAGGGUUCAGAUCUGUGAAGCACUUUUUAAAAAAUAUUUCAUUUAUUCAAAUUGUGAAUUUUAUGUUGGGAAAUAUUUGCCAUAUUUAUAAUAACAGAGUAAAACUGUGGCCAUUAAAAUGUCACAGCAUUUCCUUGUGCCUAUGUUCAUUUUGAGGAUUUUGCACAAUACCUCUACGUAGCACUAAUAGAAAUCCCAUGAGUACGUGAAGUCUUACAAACGGUGCCAUGUAUAUCAACACUUUUUUAGGUGGUGGCACUCAAGUUAUUUUUGCAAGUCAGUAUCCAGAAAAGAUUGACUUUUUUCAUGUAAGAACUUCACGUCAAAUGAAGAACUGUAAACCUUUCUAGGAGUUCUCCUUGUUUCCAGGAGUUCGUAUCUGCAGGCUCUCCCUUGAACUCUUUAAAAUAAAACCACUUUUGGAAUGCAAACCUAUAUAAGGGAAAUAAAGGGGAAGGCAGUGAAGAGAGAGUUAAAUGAGCCAGGAAUUCUUGUAGUGUUCAAUGUUUGUACCUCCCAUGGAAAGGCAGGCUAUGGGAAGCUCUUUGUUGCAUCAUGGUUAAAAAUGAAAAAAAAUCCUGCUGUGUGUAAACACGAAAACUGAAACAAUGUAGAUUUUACAUAAUGUGUUUAAUAAAUUAAGCUAUUAAAUAAACUACAGAUGAGACUUUACUUCUCUUAAAGUUGUGUUGUGCUUUGGGAAGGGUUUCACUUCGUAAGCAUAUUACACUUUUUAAUUCGCCUCUCAUUUCAGAAUGAGUUAUUUAUUCUGGAGCUUCUAUACGAAGUCAUACAGAAGUUGUUCCCCAGAGCACUGUCCUGAAUUGAGUUUUGCAGAACAUCUCACAGACCUUGCUGGACUUUUAAGGGUGUUAUCCAUCAUAGUUCAAAGGGAAAAGCCAGCAUGACAAAAGGCAGUGUUGGUACGUGAUAGUACACAUUAUCAUAGGGUACCAGAAGGUUUCUUUGAGGCUGCUCUGAAGAAAGCUUACUUUCUAAAAAGGCUGUGAAGACAUCGUACAUGAGACACAGUGGCUUCCCUACUGUUCCUCCAAGCCAAGGGCCACAACUUGGCUGUGGUUUUGAGUGGGUACCAAAAAAGGACAGGAAACACAGGCAGCUAGAUUUCUGCAGCUUUUUAUCAAGCCUUGUAAAUGACAUGUCAGGUAGCAUAUACAAGUGGAGAUUGUCUGCUGCAAGGAAAUGGUGAAGAAACAGCCUUUGUGGCAGAGCCUGCUGUACAAGUCAGAUCUAGAUACUGAAGCAGUAAGAAUCAAGAUAAACUGAUAAGGCUGGUUACAGCACUUGAAUUCCUACAGUCUGUUGCUGUGAUGUACUGGAAUUACUUGACCAACACUCAAGACAAGCUUUAUUCCUGUCCUGUAAAACAAAAGCAUUUAAGAAGUGUGACACAUCCCCAGCCCUUGCUCCUUCUGAGUUUGAGCACACUGCUAUGGCUACUUAUUUCACUCUUAAGUAUUGGUUCUGUGUGUAGUGAAGCAGCACUAUAGACAACCUCUUAGGAUGCAUGGAAAUUUAAGUCCGUAUUUCUGUACAUGCUUCUGAAUCAAUGAUUUUUAAAUAAUUGGUAUUGGAUGUGUAUAAAAAUGGAGUUGUAUCCAGGGGUUUUGCUAAUUUGCGUCUUCUCCAAAGAUGACUGUGGUCUUAGAAAGAUAGGCUAUGCAUGAAAAAAAGAUGAUGAGAGUUAGUACACAGAAGUGAUGCUUUCAGCACUGCAUGAUGCUUCAAACUCACUGCUUUCCUGAAUCGUAAGACAGAUUGAAGUGGAUUUUAACUUCAAACGCUGCUAUGCAGAGUUAAUGCAAACCUCCUUGGGAAAACUCUGCCAUGUCCGUAGUAAGAAACGUAUCUAAUACAAACUAUAUUAAGACACUUGAGUAAGUCAGGAUACGGAUGUGUAGGCAGUGCUCUAAGGCUCACUGAAAGCUUUGAUCUGUGCUCAAACUCCUCCUUGCCUUGAAGGGUGAAGUACUUUUCUUAUAAAAAUAGCUGCUUACAUUAACAACUGACAAAAAAUCCUGCUGUGUAUGCUUCUGAGCACUGGCACGUUGGUAGUUUUUUGCUGGUUUCUACACUAGUCUGACAACAAUAAGGAGGGAGUAAGAAGAGAUGAUACUGGUAGUUUCGGAUACCUUGGUAAUGUUUUUGUAAAUGAUAGCAAACCCGCAAGAUAAAUGAAAAACAGUUGCUAAGAUUUCUGCAAGAGAAGCGGAUUACUGAGAGAUUAGGAAUGCAAGUAGCUACCAGAGGACAAAUGGAAGAGGCAGGCACUUCAGAUUAACAGAAGGUAUUUAAAGACAUGAUAGAACAAAUGGAAAAAAUCCCCAAUACAUGGCAUUGCUACAGCUCUGGUUUUGUUGCCCAGACCACGUUGAGUAUUGUGCAAAAAUACACUGAGGUCAAGUCUGCAAUCAGACUUUACAAAUCACAAUUUACAAAUGUAAAUUACGACUGCAUCAGUCCGUGUUAUUUGAUAUACUUAAAAAUUACUGUCAUGUGGAAGUACAUCACUCCCUUCCAUCAUGAUAGUAGUUAUCACUUGUGAAAUACAGAGCAGCAGCUUCUUCCCUGGAUGUAAGGUUUUAGUGCUGUCUUCAGGUUCAUUGCCUUUGUGAGAAGAGCUUGUCCUACUGCAG